AUGACCUUUGACCCAGCAUCCUUAAUCCCUGUGGUCAUUUCGUUGGCAUUGCUCGCCUUGACCGAUGGGUUCCCGUUUGGUGAAACAGACACAGAUUGCACGAAGAUGAUACCAUCACAAUUGACGUCAUUACCCCAGAGAGGGCCAGCUCCCUAUAACAUCACCGUCAGCAUGAACAUGCACGGGGUUGGAAUGGAACUAAUAGUCUCUAUAAAAGCAACAGGAAAACGCAAAAUACGAGGUGUCAUGAUACAGGCAAGAAGUGCCGAAUGUCCACUACCGGGAAAGUCUGUAAGUUCCACGCCUAUUGGGAGUUUCACUAAUGUAGAAGGAACCAGAACAAUGAAGCCUAUUAACUGCUUCAAGAAAACCAAUAGCGCAAUAAUCAAUCUGAACUGGGGGAUCGAGAAUAGCAUGGAAGCCACGUGGAAAGUUGAAGCACCUGAACAGAGAAAGAUCCGAUUUUACGCAACAGUUGUGGAUAACGAACAGACAUAUUGGGUUGGUAUCCAUUCUGAAACCAUUCGUCACAUCACUGAUACUGCGGAGGACGAUGGGAUAGCUUGUCAGAGAGAAAUUAGUACACACAAACCAGUGUCGCCUGGGUCUUUAACAAAUGAAAAUGGCGUAAACAAGUUAUUUGGAGCCUCGACGCCUGUACUUAUCAUGUCAACUCUUCUUAUCAGUAUGAUCCUCAAACAUACCUGA